AUGGACUAUUCUCUAGACAAGUUAGCAGAAAUUUAUGUUAGAGAAAUAGUUAGACUACAUGGAGUUCCAUCAUCCAUUAUAUCUGAUCGUGAUCUAAGGUUUACAUCGAAGUUCUGGGGUAAAUUGCAGGAAGCAUUAGGAACAAAACUGCAUUUCAGCACUGCAUUUCAUCCUCAGACAGAAUGCCAGUCAGAGAGACUAACAGUACCAGACCAGUAUCGGAAGACCAGUAUCGGAAUGCCUCCAUAUGAAGCUUUAUAUGGUAGAAAAUGUAGGACACCUCUAUGUUGGGAUGAAGUUGGUGAAAGGUUAUCCUUACGCACAGACCUCGAUAAGAUCAUUAAUGAUUUCCAUGUUUCUAUAGCUUCGGGCGCAUAUAGAUCGGACCCUCACAUAUAUUUGCCUUUAGAAUCAAUUGAAGUUAAUCGAGACGUCACAUAUGAUGAAGAACCAGUGGCUAUCCUAGCUAAGGAUAUCCUAGCUAAGGAAAUUAAGCAACUUCGGAAUAAACAGAUUCCCCUAGUUAAGGUGUUAUGGCGAAGCCACUCCAGAGAAGAGGCUACUUGGGAACGUGAAGAAGAUAUCAGAAGACAACAUCCACAAUUAUUCAGAGAUCUAUAA